ACUCACUUCCAUCUCUAUUGUUUCUAAUGUGCUCUCAAGUUGACAACAAACCAACUGUGCAACAGAUUGCACAAUUAUGUUACAACAAAUUCCGCGAAUUACCAAAAACUGGCAAACCCACAAAUGGACAAUGGACAGUAUUAUCAGGAGUAGUGCAGUACAAUAGGCGAACACAAACCAGUAAAGUAGUGUCUCUGGCAACGGGCACCAAAUGCAUUGGCCGCACUAAACUUUGUGCCAGUGGAUUCAUAUUAAAUGACUCCCAUGCCGAAGUACUCGCAAGACGUGCAUUUCUCCGGUAUUUAUACUACGAAAUACUGAAAGCCGCCAAGCAACAAAGGCAGCCACAGGAUAAGGUUGACGAAACAAUAUUCAGCUGGAAGUCAGAUUCAGUUUAUUUUAUGCUCGACAAGGAACUAGAGUUUCAUUUUCUAAGCACACAAACCCCUUGCGGGGAUGCGUGCAUAGUAGAUGAAUCUAAGGAAUCAUUACCAAAACGACAACGACUUGACGUUGAUAAUGACAAUGAAAGUGGAAUGCCAUUAUGUGACAGCAAUUCAGUUUUUACGGGCGCAAAACUGAUAAAUCAGGACGUAAAGACUGGUGAUGAUUGCAUGCUUCAAACACCGGCGGCUUUACGCACCAAGCCCGGUCGUGGUGAACGUACGCUGUCCAUGUCCUGCAGCGAUAAGUUAUCUCGCUGGAAUGUGAUCGGUAUUCAAGGAGCGCUGCUUGAUAUGCUGAUUGACAAGCCCAUCUACUUCAGUAGUUACAAUUUUAGCUGUCGCUACGCACAUAUUGACAGCCUAAAACGAGCCAUUUACCAACGAUGGCGUGGUAAAAACUAUCCACAAAGGUGCUGCCCUCCUCAAGAGCCACUGAUUCGAGUUGAUGCGACGCAAAAAUUCGAGUACGCACAACGUGCAGAUUGGCAGCCAUCACCGAGUGGUUUAAUUUGGUCUCAAAUGCCAGAAUUAUUGCGGCCUUUUGAAAUUGCGGUCAAUGGCAAACGCCAAGGCGUUACUAAGAAGCAAUUGUCCACUCCACAAGCCGCAUGUGCAGUUAGUAAAUAUAAGUUACUCCACGGAUUUCUAGAUAUUCUGCAUUGCUGCAGCGAGUUGCGUGAAAAGUUGCAGCUGCAAUUGACUGAUCUGGACAGUUUGUCAUAUGCGAAGUGUAAAAACAUGGCUGUGGAUUAUCAAUUGGCAUGGUCACAAUUGAAAUCUGAAUACUUCCAACAAUGGACCCAAAAGCCGAACAAUCUGCAAGAAUUUGCUAAGCACGCGGCGUAAAAAUGUUGUCCUUCCCCCAAUAGACAACAAAUUGCUGAUGAAGUAUAUUUUAGAUUUAUUUAAAUUAAGCCAUCGCAGACGCUCAAUGUAAGCCAUCCAUCUAGUGAAAGUAGAAUCAGGUCUAAGACAAAUGGAAGUUAAAGUAAGCAAAUAAAAAUGCAAGCUCUUUAAGUUUACCCUUAAAUGGACUAUAUGAUCUAGAGUUCGCCUCGAUAGACUCACUUCGCGUAUGCACACCUAAGCUAAGAGCACACAAAACUAAAAUAAAUCAACCUCUAUUUAGUUAUAAACGAUCAAUCUUCUGCUUUCUAUUCUGUACUAAUAAAACCCAUAUAAUCCUAUGAGUUAAUGGUGGGGACUGCUAGCAAAACCAAAAUCGAUAUUUUUCAUACAGCCUAGUCAAAAAUCUUUAGAUCUAUUAGAUAUAUAGUAUAUUCAACUACUGCAGUCUGUUGCCCGAGUCCGUCAUAUUGAUUAACCUACCCAGCGAUAGUUAUUAAGAAUGUGGGUUAAUCGCAAGAAAAGAUUCAAUAAUAAAACUAAAGUAUAAAAAAAAUAUAUUUAUGUUCUCCAAUUUUAUAUAUGAAACCAAUGUCCAGUUUCCGAUUAUUUGAGGUUUCUAUAUUUUUAUAUUUAGCGUGUUCGUAUGAAAUGGAUGAUUAAGUAAAUAGAAAUAAUAAAUAUUACAGGCACUCUGAUAGGUGAUGUCAUUAAAACUGUGGCAUUAGGAUCGAUCAUUACUCGAUUUGAACUCCAAGUGAAAUGUAUCGCUAUAAACUUGUUACGGUGUUGCUUCUUCAAAUCAUGUUGCCAUUGGCACUGGUUGAAAGCUCUAAUUUUAGCACUAGAGUAGAGUACAAGGAAGUCAAUACAGUGCCAAGUAAUUUGCAUAAAAAACCUGGAGCCUUUCAAAUUAAUCGGACGCAAUUAUUAUUACAUAGCAAAGGAUGAAGAAAAUUGGUUUCAAGCUGCACAGAAAUGUCGCAAACUAAGCAGCAACCUUAUUAACUUAGCGAAUGACGAAGAACGUCUGUUCAUAAGUUUGUAUCUCAAUGAGACUAAGAAGUAUUGGUUGGAUCUUAACAAUCUCGGCCAGGAGGAUUAUAUUUCGAUUAGCACGGGAUCGCAUCCUGUUUAUGUCAAAUGGAUCGAUAAAGCCAUGAAAGUGGAUGACGAAAGAAAAUGCGUGGCAUUAGUAAGUGAUUCUCAAGAGAAUGGGUUUGUUAUGAAAAAGGUGAAGUGCUUAGAAAAGAGUCGAUUUAUAUGCCAACUAAAGUCUCCACGCACUAUUUCCAUUUUGGUUUGGUGAUAAGUUGUGUAAAUUAAUGAAUAAUACAAACAUAUAUAAUUCAUUUGAUUAUAUACUUAACAUAGCUAAUGAAUCACAUGUGAAUUUAUGGCCUUCAUUAAAAUUUGUAUGUUUUUACUGUA